GUAGAAAGAAAAACAAAACUCGGCCGAACCGUCCUGUUCCGAAACGGAGCCUUUAAAAUGGCAGGAGAGGAGGAAAGGGGGGUGGUUCGUGUCAAAGUCAAGAAAUGUGAUGCGGCGCUACCUGUGGAGUUUCGCUCGUUUGCUGUCGAUCCUCAGAUAACAUCGCUGGAGGUCUUGCAGCACAUACUUAUCAGAGCCUUUGAUUUGAACGGGAAGCGGAAUUUCAGCAUCAGCUACCUGUCUCGGGAUCGGAGCGGCGCUGAAGUGUAUCUGUCGCUGGUGUCUGACUGGGAUUUGGACGUUGCAUUUGUCAGCGCAGCUAAACCGUAUCUGCAGCUCAAGAUUGACAUCAAGCCGUCUGAAGAGAGCCCUGUUAUGGAGGACUGGGACAUCAUCAGCCCCAAAGACGUGAUUGGCUCUGAGCAGCUUCUCACAGAGAAGACCAGGUCGUUGGCUUCAGCGGCUCUACCCUUCACCCAGUCUCUACUCUCCCAGGUGGGCCGGACCCUGUCCAGAGUCCAGCAGGCCUUCAGCUGGUCUUAUGGGGAGGAGAUCAAGCCUUUCAAGCCUCCACUGAGUGACGCUGAGUUCCACAGUUACCUUAAUGGACAGGGCCAGUUGACUCGGCCUGAGGAACUGAGACUGCGAAUCUACCACGGUGGCGUGGAACCGUCACUACGCAAGGUGGUUUGGCGCUACCUCCUGAACGUCUACCCCGACGGGCUGAGCGGACAGGAAAGAAUGGACUACAUGAAGAGGAAGACGAGGGAGUAUGACCAGCUGAAGAGUGAGUGGACGGCCCGAGUCAGCAACGAGGACCUCGAGUUUAUCCGCGGGAACGUUCUGAAAGACGUGCUGAGGACGGACCGGGCUCAUCCGUACUAUGCGGGCUCGGAAGACAGCCCACAUUUGACUGCCCUCACUGACCUGCUCACCACAUUCGCCAUCACGCAUCCACAGAUAUCGUACUGUCAAGGCAUGAGUGACAUUGCCUCCCCUAUACUUGCGGUCAUGGACAAUGAAGCUCAUGCCUUCAUCUGCUUUUGCGGCAUCAUGAAACGCCUGGAGGGAAACUUUCGGCCAGAUGGACAGCUCAUGUCCAUUAAGUUCCAGCAUCUCAAGUUGCUUCUGCAGUACUCAGACCCUGAAUUCUACUCCUACCUGGUGUCCCGAGGAGCCGACGACCUGUUCUUUUGUUAUCGCUGGCUGCUUCUGGAACUGAAGCGAGAGUUUGCGUUCGAUGACGCUCUGAGGAUGCUGGAGGUUACCUGGAGCUCUCUGCCCCCGGAUCCUCCUGAAACCGAAGUGGAGCUUCUGGGGCUGCCGCUGGAGACCAACGAACAAAUGUCCUGCCGAGACAAGAAAGAAACGGUCGAGAACUGCUUCGGAGACGAUAAGGAACAAAAGGAAAAACAGCGUAGACGACAUAUGCUGAGGCCUUCGAGAGAAGAACCAGAUGUCAGCAGAAACGCUGUCACAGAAGCAAAAGACGAGCAAAAUGGAGGAAGUAUUUUAAAGGAAGGUGCUGGUGGUGAAUGCGAUGUUCCUGCUCUGACCACGGAAAAGGGUUGUCCUUUUGAAAGGCAAACUAGUUUUGGAGAGUUUAAAUACUAUACGGCAAGAAAUGAAGACAGCUUUGAUAUGGAGGACGGCGAGCAGCCGCAGGGGUCGGUGGCGUCAGAGCCGGUAACGAGCGUCCCGAGACGUCAGUCCACAAUCGACAGCGAGGACGACCCAGGGGAGAAAACACCUCUCAUUAAAACCUGUGACAAUGGUUUCUCUCUGGUGUCAUCUUCUCCUCUCUUCUCUAGUGGCCUCCCAAACUGGAAGGCUGUCUCUCCUACAUCUUCAGCGUCACCCUCCAGUUGGCCAGGUGCUUCUCCAGACUCUGUUGUAAAAUCCACAUCCCCGUCUACGACUAAUGGGAGUCAGGCCUCACCAAGAACUGUCCCAAAAGCAUUGGCUUCUUCUGCCCAAGUGUGUAGCAGUGCAGGGAUCAACUCGCCAGUGACCCCGACGGUAAAAACAUCUGUUCCAUCUCCCUCUCACACUCAGAACAGAUUGCUGCUCUCUUCGCCCAUUUUGUCCUUUGCAAAGGGCCCCUCACUGUCUGGCAGCAGGUUGUCCUCCAACAAUCUCCCUUCACCUGGCAACAAAUCCCCCAGCACCACAGAUAACACGCCCAGUUCUCUAAAAGCCGAGAGCACCAGCAUCAAACCAUGCUCCUUGCCGCCUCCUCAGGAGUUUGGCAAAGGCAAUCCCUUCAUGCUGUUUCUGUGCCUGUCGAUCCUGCUGGAACACCGGGACCACAUCAUCAAGAACAGCUUGGAUUACAACGAGCUGGCCAUGCACUUUGAUCGCCUUGUGCGACGGCACAACCUGAGCCGGGUGCUGCAGCGAGCCAAGGCCUUAUUUGCGGACUACUUGCAGAGUGAAGUGUGGGACUCGGAAGAAGGGGACGAGGUGAGCUCGGACUCUCCAACAACAGCGACGGCUGCUCAGCACUCCCCUUCUUCGACCAUCUCCCCCAGGCCCAUUUACAGCCCGCUAGCGUCGCCUCAGCCGUCAUCUCUGAACUCAACCUACAACCUUACAACCACCAUACCCUCCCCAACAGCUCAAGUUUCCCUUUCGCCCACGUUCUGAUUCUGUCCUGCAUCACCGACUUCCAAACCUCAGUGAACUCCUCAGUAGAGUGUUGGUGGCCUGUUGGAGGUGUGUCUGUUGUAGACGGCUUCCAACGUUGAACUUUGCUGUUUAUAAUUGUCUCACUGUAUAUGCCUGAAUACAUAUAUUCCAUAUGUCUGUAGUCAUAAUAUUUUAUUUAUUCUACUGUCUGUCCUCGAAGCGGGGAUGAAAGAACCUCAUUUCUCAUCCUAUCCUCUGAGGUUGCUGAUGCAUGAAAUGUUAAACUCUGUGAUUCAGGCAUUUGACGGUUAGCCAGUGUGGCUUUCUGCCUUUCACUAGAACCCACAAAGGUUUAGCCGCUUGGUGCAUUUAGCCUGUGUUGCCCUUUUUAUUGUCUUCUUUUACAAGCUCAUGUUCUGUCCAAUAAGCCACAUAAGUGUCUUAACUAAAGCACUGGAGCUACAUUCGGUAAAAACACAUGAGGGAAAAUCAGAAUGACUUUGACCAAAACAAGACUUAAUUCUGAAGGCUGUGUCUUUCCUUUUACUCAUCCAAAGUGCUUUGCUUCUGGACUUUUUGGCAUGGGAGUGUGCCGAGAGAGGCGUCUAACCAGAAUGAUGUUGCAUUCCACCUCCCAUAUUUAUUCAUGCUGUAUGCUGAGAAGCCAGAAUGAAUUCACGUCUUUUGUUUUUUUUCUUUCUUUCUUGCACAUAAUCUUGUUGCCAUGAGCUUGAUAUUUUUGCUAUCUCUGCCAUUAGCAAAAAAAACAAAAAAACAAACCAUUCUAAAUGUUUAAUCUUCCUAAAAUUGCUUAUUGCUUCUGUAAAAUAGCGGUUACAUGAUUAUCCCAAGUGAGGUGUAUUUAUGCUGACAACAUCUGAGGGUUCGUGAGUGCGUAUUAAUUGUUUCACAGAGGGUUUAUCGAUAGCUAAGUAAAUCUUAUAUAGCCACAAGUGUAUUUUUUUUUUUUAGUAUAUUUUUGAAUGCAGCUGUAAUAAGGUCUGGCACCUUAGGAACAGAUGAAGCUUGUUACGUUUUCAGUUACGUAUGAAAUAGUUUCAGAUCCAUUCACUGCUACAUAUCAAAGACUUGUGUAAUUAAAACAGGACGAGGCUGACGUCGCCUUGUCUAACCACAUUAUGCUAUUUAAAAAAAAGAAGAAGUGGCUCAAGUACUGUAGAGCAGUGUGGUGUUGGUCUGCAUUGUACAAAUACCAUUCUGUCGACGCUCCGUGUGCUGGACAUUCAAACUGCAGUAGUUGGAUGAUUACUGCACACUUUAUAUAUUUAGCAAUGCCUCAUUUUAGCACUUUGUUUAUCGCUGUUUCCCCUCCAAAAAAACAUCCUUUUUGCCGUGUUUUCUGUAUUCAGAUUUCAAAGAAAUAUGGGAAUAUUUAUCUGAAUAGAGGGAAAUUUUAAUAUGUAGCUGCAGAUCUCACAUUUUGACAGUGUUCAUACUUGCUCACUGUCGUUUGUGAUGAGAAGGUAGCAGCUGAGCUCCUUGUAUAUUCAGUAUAUUCACCAACGUGUGACAGACAUCAUGCUAUCAUGACGCCACUCGGCACGGCCAGUUACAGAAAAUAUUUGCCGGUGUGCGACCUUUUGGCAGAGAAGUGCCUCAUAAUGUUUCAAUCUGUCGCCUUGAUUUGUUGUUUCGUUUGUGCUCUUACCAUCUGUCUGCAGCGUGAUAUUGUACAGGCCGGGUGAUGUUUAAAUUAAAUAAUGAAUCUACAGACGUUGGUAGAAAUGUGGGUGAGUGAGCUGUAACUCCGCUUCGGUGGAUGUUAAGCGGAUGCCAUUUUAAGCAUCUAACCAAAUUCAAUUCAGUCGCUUUAAUCGAAAUCAGACAGUUUAGUGCCUGUAAAAAGUAUUCACCCCCUUGGAUGUUUCCCCUUUAUAUGCUUUUUAACACUGAACAAUUUGAAUGAGCUUUUUGGAGAAGAAUUUACAAAAAACAACUCUCUCGAGUCAAAAGGAGAGCAGAUUUCUACAAAUUAAUGUCAAUUAAUAUUAAAUGAAUAUCAAAAGUAUAAUAAGUGAUUGCAUGAGUGUUCACCUCCUUUAAAGUGGCUCGCCCAAUUCAACACAAGUGCAGCUAACUGGUGCUAGAAGUCCCACAAUUAGUGAAAUGGAGAUCAUCUCAGUGCAGUGAAUGUGUCUUAAGUCAGGGAUUCUCAACCUUUUUGACCCCAGGUUUCCCAGAACAAAGUGGCCAUUUAAAUAUGAACACGUUCAUUUCAGUUGAUCUGAGUCUUGGUUUGAUUUGACUUCAAUAACUAAAUCAGUUCCACUUACAGUUUAACAAGCUCAAACCUUCUAAAAUAAAUUAUAUAAUAGCUGUAGCCCAUUUUCUUUUCUCCUGAAAAAAUCCACCGGCUUCCCGACUAGCUUUGGAUGUUUGGUUUGGAGAUGCCACCGUAGCUUUGAAGGCUUCAGUGCUUUGUUGGCUCGCGUUGACCCACACUCAACACGCCGGGCCCUCGGCUCUGCCUCGCUACCUCCAUUCACAAAACCAAACUUGAUAAAGUCAGCGUUGUACGGAGCGGCAUCACUUCCAUCUUCAUUUUUUCUUUUUAAAAACUUCUCCAUAGUUUACAUUAAUUGCGGCUGGCUUCUGGGGGGUCCUGCGGCAGUUACAGUUACAGAAUUGAAAAUUUUUCGUGGUCCAGUAGGCAGCGCUCGUGGCCCGACGAUGGGAUGGUUGAGAAUUACUGUCUUAAGUGAUUGUAGUUUAAAGAUGUCUGGAAAGUGCUCCUGACUAUAACUACACCAUGAAGACACAAAAACCAAGCGAGUCUAUGCAGAAGAUGUUGAAAAGCACGAGUCACGGGACGGAUACAAGAUUUUUUUUAUGUCACUGAAUAUCCCUUGGAUGUGGCAUAUGCGUAAAUCUGCUUAUAGAUUGACAUUGUUUAAGUGGCAACGCAAGAAAGAGACGAGUGAGGGAGACCACCAAGACACCUAUAGCUCCUCUCAGUGAGUUACAAGCUUCAGCUACUGAGAUGGGAGUGACUGUACACACAACUGUUGUGGUUCUUCAACAGUCAAAGUUCAUGUCAAGUUCAUGGGAGAGCAGCAAAGAGGAAGCUUGCUUCCUCUUUGCCCUUAGCCCUUAGAUUAAGCCUCAAGGCCUACUUAGAAAUGUAAAGAGUAAAAUGAAUCAGCACAGUACAGGAAAAUACAGGAGGACGACCUGCAAAUAAGCAAGAUUUGUUUUGCAGAAAUGGUUUGGAAACGACAAGAUGAACGAGUCAGAGCCCAGACCUCAGUCCAUUAACUAUUUGUCUUUCUAGAAGUCUGUUUUCACUGUGAGCUAAAUUGUACUGACCAUGAUUCAGUGUUGAAAAGUAAUAACAGAGAACAGGGCUGAAUACUUUUCAUAGGCACUGUGAAUAACAUCUGAUAAAGUCAAUUAGACGAUAAUAAGUAGCUCAGUGGCUGAAUUUGAAACUACAAUGAGUAUUUUUUUUAUUCUUGUUAUUCCUAAAUGUUUUUUGGUUUUUUUCUUGUUAGACAUAAGUUUCCAUUCUUGGGGGAAAAAGAAGAUAUUAUAUCGCCUUAUACAAUUAUAAAGGCACUCAGAAAGUGCAGACCUCCUCCAAGGCCAAUGCCUUAUUUGCAGUUUUAAAGAAAUCAGUCUACACGUGGAUGCUCAGGUCCUAUGGAUCCAUAUUGCUUUUUUUGUUUUCUUUGUCUGUUUGUGUUCCAUUUAUGAAAACAUUGACGUGCUUCGGCUUCAUUGAGACGCCCUGUGCAUGGCUGUAGCGUCUCAGAGACAGUGGGAAGUUUAAGAGAUGCUCCUCCUGCUGCCAUUUCACUCUAAUGUGGUUUAACUAAUCGAGGCAAAGGUGACCCAGUUGGUUCUUAUCCAGCUGAAUAUAUCUUGAACAAUUUAACAGUAGAAGGGUGGAGAGUUGAAAGCGUGGUCAGCAUCUGUUUUAUUUAUAUAUUCACAAUAUAUGUCAUCUCAAGGCACUUCGCAUAAACCUUACAGAUUCUUUACAGAGAAACCCACCAAAUCCAAAGUUUUUAUUCCCUUUGAGCAGAAACUCCCCUUAAACAGGAAGGAGAAAAAAACCUCCAGCAGAACCAGGCUCAGGGCGGGCGGACGUCUGCCUCGGCCAGUUAGGGCGAGGGUUAGCGAGAACAGGAUAGCAGAAGGAGAGCAACGAACACAUCUGAGGUUGGCGAGGCUCGUAGCUGCACACCAGAGACGGGAGAACAAAGCACUACAGGACAGAGAGGACACGAAGUCAGUGAUUCAUGGAGGUCUUUGUUUUAAGUUGAAGCCCGCCGUGCUUCCACUCUGGUAAACUUGACCACAACACAUCAGCAGUGAAAGCGUUCAGACUAGACGUUGUGCGCUGACAGGCGAGGUGGGACAUCCGUGAUGCUCAUGUGAUGUCGUUAUCGAAAAUCAUACUCAUAUAACCAGUCUUUUAAUCAUGAAUCUAAGAAUAAGACAUUGAUAUCAAAACAGUUAUUAUUAAGCUGCACUUUACAGGUCUGACAACACUCCUUAUUAACGUUUUUAGCAAUUUUACCCCCAAAAAAUCUGGUUAUAUGUAAAAUCGUCAACUUUCUAAUUUGGAUCAGAUGUUCUAUCGACGUGAGAAGAUCAGGAUCAAGAUUUUCUAAUAGUACACAAGCAGCUUAUUCUUGACGUUCUGGACCUUGUGGCAUCAUUUAGGGAAAUGUGGGCGCCAGAACAAAGUUGGGGAGGGUAUCAUGCCUUGGUAAAAGUUUGCUUUCUUCUCAGAGCUGUUUACCUCUUUGGUUUUCGCUGGCUCAUCUCCUGCUCUUCUCACUCGUCUGUAAAGCAGAACCGAUGGCUCCACCUCAAAUAGGGAAAUACCUUUCCUUGUUUUUUAGGAGUGUUUCUGUUUUAGGCAGACACUGAAACAAUUGUGAUGUCUUUAGAAAGAUCCUUCCUACUGUUAUGACAUUCUGGUUUGCCUCCAUUUGUAUAGCAGCAAUUAUUUAUAUGAUUCAAUCAACCUGAAUUAAUCGGACUAUUGGCUAGACUUUGAGCUGGCAAUCUGUGCAUUUGUAAAAAAAGAAAAGAAAAAAAAGAAGUAAAAUAAAACAAAAAAUUUGUUUAUCUCUUAUAUAUGUGCACAAGCAUUAAGCCUUUUAAUGAUACAACACAACAACAAUGUUAAUGAUUGUAUAGAUGACACAAAUAAAUAAUAGUCAAUGAAA